AUGAAUUCCAUAUGUUCAUCGUGCAGACAAACACUUUUGAAUAAUCCUCUAAAAAAAGCUUGUGGGUCAUGCCAACAAUUAUUUUGUUCCAAUUGCUGUUAUCAACGUGUAGCGGUACCAAAGUCAAAUUAUCAAAUGCAUGAAGUUUGCAGCCAAUGUUUCCAUUCUAUAAGCACAGAAUUAAUGCUACAGAAACCGCCGAAAGGUUUUCUACAAAGAUUAGAACAGCAACCACCGCAACAACAAAAAUUACAACGACCGCCUGUUGAACCACUUGAUCCAGAAACUAAAGCACUGGAAGAACGUCUGGCAAAAUUACGUGUUGAUUUUCCAGCGAAAUCAAUGUCUCAUGCGUCGAAUCAAUUCGAGUCUCCCGAUGAUCUUAUGCAACAAAUGCAUGAAGAAUUGUCUAUUCAACAACGAGAAGAUCAUGCACUUAAAGAACGUUUACGUAUUUUACAUGACACAAUGCCUGCAGCAACGCCCGAUACCGUUAAAUUACCAUCAUCAAUUAAACCUGAUGAAAACAAGGACGAUGGUGAUGAUGAUGAAGAAUUCCCAUGGUGCACUGUGUGUAAUGAUAAUGCAACGAAGCGUUGUCUCGAAUGCGAUGAACUAUUUUGUGAGUCAUGUGUUAAAAAGAUUCAUCGUGAAUCAGGCUAUAAAAAACAUCAAAUAGAAUCAUAUAAACCAUCGGCAACAGCAAAGAAAAAAUAUCAUUAUUAG